CAAAACGGUAGCAUUUCCUCCCCCCUUUGAAAUCCCCCUCAAAAAGGAACAAGGAGAACGAACACGAAUCCAUCAAUGUCUCAAGACCAACAACAGGAAUCCAAGCCUCCUCCAUCUCUCUUCCCUCUAACCCCGACAUCUAAAGAGACUUGGUUCCAGUUGGGCGACGUGAGCGGAACCGGCGCAGGGCUCUCGUUUGAGGAAUGGGUUUCGCUGAUCCGGAGGAGGAGCUUCAACUGCCAUCACCCUCCUCAGGCCCUCGGAUCUCCGAGGGCCGGGGCAAUGCCGCCUUUGUUCCUCCCCGUUAACAGUGCGGGAGGACCAGAUUCUGGCGAGCCAGUAGGCCUAGAGCCUUGUGAUCAAGCUGCGGAGUUAAGUUUGUGGGAUAGGCUCGGAAAUGCUGCUGCAUUGGAUACUGAGGCCAACGACUUCUCGUGGGAUUCUCUCUUGUCUGUGCACCAUACAAAACAUACCACUAGUGCCGAGAAUUCUGAGGAUGAAAUGAAUAAACCCCUAGAGGUAACCGUGAAUUCUGGAGGAGUUGUUUUCUAUGCAAUGUUCAAGAAUCCCAUGCAAAAUGAUGAUCUCUCACCUAAGGAAGCUGCUGCUGUUAUCAAGUUUGCAUCAUCUAGGAUGGCUACACAAUCAGAACGCUUGGGCUAUGAAUUUGCCAAAUUGCUUGGAGUCCGAACACCACUAGCUAGGGUGGUUCAUAAUUCCAGCUCUGAGUGGCAACAGAUCAAAGAUGCUGCAGAGAGAGCACGAGAGACAGCAGUUUCUAAUGGAGAUGAGCUGGGUGCACUGAGCUGUUCAGAGUUAUUAGAAGCUCUUGAAUUGAGCAGAUGUCUUUUUCUAAUGACUUAUGUUCAUGGCUCGCCGCUGCUGGAAAAUUCUGAUGCAUUUGAUUCAAAAGGAGCUGCAGAAACUACUGCUGCAUCCCUUGGUAGAGUCUUAAUGUUGGAUCUUAUACUCAGAAAUGAGGACAGGCUCCCUUGUCGCCAGCUCGGUUGGCGAGGCAAUACUGCAAACCUUUUAUUUGCUGAUACAGUGGCCUCUUCCUAUAUGUAUGCAAGGGAGGAAGCUUAUGAUUCUGCUGUUAGUAGAUAUAAACCGAGGGUAAUCGGAAGCCUUCAGAAAGAACGGAGAGCAAUUUCCAUUGAUGGUAGAUUAGGCUCUCAUAAAUCUGAGCAGGACCCAGAUGCAGUCCGAGAGGCAAGUCAGAGAUCCAAAAGAAAACAAGCGAGAAAAGAAGUCAAGCACCAAGAUUUCCAUGUUGUCGCCAUUGAUUCUGGGGUCCCUAGACGACCUCCAGCUGGAAAAAGAGCAAGAGACCAAGAAAAUUAUCCAAAGGUAGUUGAGCUCUUAUUAAACAACUUAGAUUAUUGUUCGAGCAUAUUAUAUGAAGUAUCCGGUGGUAAAUUGGGAUUUUCAAAACCUGAAGAGUGUGAUUCACCGUCAGAUUCUUCACCAUCAGAUUCAUGUUCUUUGUCUGAUGCUGACAUGGCAGCGGUCGUUAAUGAGUUUAGAGGAGGUUUUCGCGCAGCUCUCAGAGACCUACAAGGUUUUCAUAUUUUUCUUCUCACACUUCACCAAAAACUCGAUGCCCUGUUAAGACUCUUUCUUUCGUACCUCAACAAGAUCAGUGGCGAGUUAGAAAAAGAUGAUUUGGGCCCUUCAGAGUCACCAUCACAUUCUGUAGCUUCGAUUUUUUCAUCUCCUUGUAUUGGAUGCAAGGAAAGGGAUCCAAGUGAAGCAAAUGUGGAGUCUAAUGAUUUUGAGGUGCAAAAAGCUACUAAGAGGUUAUCACGUGCAGUUUCUCGAGAGAGCAUGGACUUGAGUUCUCCUGUCUCAAGAGAGAGUGGGAGUGGGAGGUUGUUCAAAGGGAAUGGAGAGGGUCGUACCCUGCGCAUGACAAUGAAGCUUCGAGACUAUAACAAAUUUGUCAGGGUAGAUUCUGAGUUGAACAAGGAGUUGGAGCAGUGGAAUGAAUUAUUGAGGACAGAUAUUGUAAAACUUUGCCAAGAAAACAACUUCAAUACUGGAUUUUUUGAAGGGAAUGAUGUUAAUAUUGUUGUUGAUGCUUACGAGUUUAAGGUUCGGCUUGAGCAUAUCCUUGAAAGGAUAGGAUUGAUCUCAGAUGCUGCGAGUACUGAGAGGCCUUCACCCAUAACAGAGUAUCUCUAUAUCGGCGGAGCUCUAGCUGCAAGGUCCAUGUACACUCUUCAGCAUCUUGGCAUCACACAUGUAUUGUGUCUGUGUUCUACUGAAAUUGGACAAUCAGAGUCUCAAUAUCCAGAUCUCUUUGAAUACAGGAAUUUCUCGAUAGAUGAUAACGAGAAUGAAGAUAUAAGCAGCCUAUUUGACGAGGCUUCUGAUUGCAUCGACUAUGUCGAGUACUUGGGAGGAAAAAUACUGGUACACUGCUUUGAAGGGAAAAGCCGAAGCGCAACAGUUAUUCUUGCUUACUUGAUGCUAAGAAAGAAGAAGACUCUUUUGGAGGCAUGGACAAUGCUAAAGAAAGUGCAUCGUCGAGCGCAACCAAAUGAUGGAUUUGCAAAGGUUCUCACAAUCCUCGACAAAAGUCUCCAUGGAAAAAUCUCGAUGGAGUGGCAACAAAGGCGGCCAGUGAUGCAGGUCUGCCCCAUCUGCGGAAAAAAUGCUGGAAUAAGUAGUAGCUCGCUUAAGCUUCAUCUACAGAAGUCACAUAAGAAAUUAUCUUCGGGCAGCGUUGAUAGCGCGAUGAAGCUCGAGAUUCAGAAGGCAGUGGAUGCUCUCAAGAUCAGCCGUGGUGGCAGUGUCAGCCCAACACAGAAACAGUCUCAGUCAUUUGUGGAAGGUUUUUCUCAGGUUGUGUAGUUUUGUAGUUUCGAUACAGGGUAUAUUUGACAGAACCCUCUGAACUGUUUAUUCCACAAACCCCCCCUGAACUUUGUUUAUUCCACAAAACCCCUUGAACUUUGGGUGUAACUUUGGGUGUAAAUUGUUUAUUCCACAAAACCUCAUAUACAUGGAUAUAAAUUGCUGAAACCAAACAUGUGGUGAUUCUCAUGUAUCACCCUUGAUUGGAAACCUAUAAACAUUGCCUAUAUAAUGUAGCAUGUGCAAUUAA